AUGGUGAGAAGCAGGCAAAUGUGCAAUACCAACAUGUCUGUGUCUACUACCGAUGGUGCUACUGCAAGCACCUCACAGAUUCCUGCUUCAGAACAAGAGACCCUGGUUAGACCAAAGCCAUUGCUUUUGAAGUUGUUAAAGUCUGUUGGUGCACAAAAAGACACUUACACUAUGAAAGAGGUUAUAUUUUAUCUCGGCCAGUAUAUUAUGGCUAAACGAUUAUAUGAUGAGAAGCAACAGCAUAUGGUAUAUUGUUCCAAUGAUCUUCUAGGGGAUUUGUUUGGUGAGCCAAGCUUCUCUGUGAAAGACCACAGGAAAAUAUAUACAAUGAUCUACAGGAACUUGGUAGUAGUCAAUCAGCAGGAACCAUUGGAUUCUGGGACAUCUGUGAGUGAAAAUAAGUGUCAUCUUGAAGAUGGGAGUGAUCAAAAGGACUAUAUACAAGAGUUCCAAGAAGAGAAACCUUCAUCUUCAAAUUUGAUUUCUAGACCAUCUACCUCAUCUAGAAGGAGAGCAAUCAGUGAGACAGAAGAAAAUUCAGAUGACUUACCCAUUGAAGGACAAAGAAAGCGCCAUAGAUCUGAUAGUGUUUCCCUUUCCUUUGAUGAAAGUGUUGCACUGUGUGUAAUAAGGGAGAUAGGUCGUGAAAGAAACAGUAGCAGUGAGUCAACAGAAACUCCAUCAAAUCCGGAUCUGGAUGCUGGUGUAAGUGAACAUUCUGGUGAUUGGUUGGACCAGGAUUCAGUUUCAGACCAAUUCAGUGUAGAAUUUGAAGUUGAAUCUCUUGAUUCAGAAGAUUAUAAUCUUAGUGAAGAAGGACAAGAACUCUCAGAUGAAGAUGAUGAGGUUUAUCGAGUUACCGUGUAUCAGGCAGAUGAGAGUGAUACAGAUUCAUUUGAAGAUGAUCCUGAGAUUUCCUUAGCUGACUAUUGGAAGUGUACUUCAUGCAAUGAAAUGAAUCCUCCUCUUCCACCACAUUGUAAUAGAUGUUGGGCACUUCGUGAGAACUGGCUUCCUGAAGAUAAAAGGAAAGAUAAAGAGAAAAUUCCUGACAGCACCAAACUAGAAAACACAACACAAGUAGAAGAGGGCUUUGAUGUUCCUGAUUGUAAAAAAAUGACAGUGAAUGACUCCAAAGAGUCAUGUGUUGACGAAAAUGAUGAUAGUAUAACACAAGCCCAGUGUCAAGAAAGUGAGGACUAUUCUCAGCCAUCAACUUCUAGUAGCAUCAUUUGUAGCAGCCAAGAUGUCAGAGAAUUUGACAGGGAAGAAACACAAGGCAAAGAAGAAAGUGUAGAGUCUAGAUCUCGCCCGAUUGCCACUGAACCUUGUGUGAUUUGCCAAGAUCGACCUAAAAAUGGUUGCAUCGUCCAUGGCAAAACAGGACAUCUUAUGGCAUGCUUCACGUGUGCGAAGAAGCUAAAAAAAAGAAAUAAGCCCUGUCCAGUAUGUAGACAACCAAUUCAGAUGAUUGUGUUAACUUAUUUCCUCUAAUAGACCUGUCUGUAAAAGUGGAUUUAUAUAUUUCUAUCUCUGUAAACCUAAAAAUGCAGAUAGAUAUUUUGGCAACAUUAAAUUUAUUUUUAUUUUUUUAAAUACAUAAAGUGAGAAAAUAUCUCAGUCCAUAUUGAUUUCUUAAGUGUAAAUUAUCUAAUUUUUUGGGGGGAGAUAGUGAAUA